CUGUCUCACCGGUGUCGAGUUUGGCUGACUUUGACUUGUUGGACUGAUAAGAAUUACACAAAUUCAUAUUCACUUCAUGAGGCCGUUGUGUCGCAAACUUUAGACGUCGUUUUGAAGGACAGUAGAGUGGUUGAGGAACCACCAGAUUACCUGAGGCUCGAGGUUAAACCAGAAGGUGCUCCAAAAGUAUCUUUUCAUUACGAGUUGAUGGAAGGAUUUUAUGCGGACAAGAAAAAACACAAUGAGCAGAAAAUAGAACAAAAAAGUGCUUUCUCGCCCGAAAUAUUUUUUAACAUCAUGCUGCCUCCAAUAAUCUUCAACGCGGGGUACAGUCUCAAAAAGCGGCAUUUUUUUCGAAAUAUAGGAAGUAUUCUUGCUUUCGUUUUUAUUGGAACGACUGUGUCCUGUCUCGCUACUGGCGCGCUCAUGUACGUCUUCACCAGUAUAUUCGGCAUGGGUUUCUCUUUCCAAGAGCUACUGUUUUUUGGUGCAGUUAUUUCUGCUACUGAUCCAGUCACGGUUAUCUCAAUUUUCACCGAGAUGAAUGUUGAAGCAGAUCUUUUUGCACUAGUAUUUGGUGAGAGUGCCCUCAAUGAUGCUGUUGCCAUUGUUUUAUCAAGCACUAUCGAUGCUUUUUCCGCCGCAGACGAGGUUGGCGCCAACGAAAUCUUUCGUGCUCUUGGAAAAUUCGCCUAUGUUUUCUUUGGUAGGAUGGUUUUCUUGAAUCUUUUUCAACAG